AAAACACAACCACGGCUCAGCAGUGAAACGUCUUCAGAGGUUCUAUAAAACCAACGAUCUAUUUUUAUCACGUGAUAUUCUGGUAUAAAAACCAUCAUUAUCACAUAGUAUGAUACAGUAUCAGUGAAUUUGUCGACAGGUUCAUUGUCUGGUUUCACUGUUAGAAAUGGAGGUUUUAACAGUCAUUUCCUGGUUUUUUUUACCACUGCUGUUGUUGGUCGAACCGAACGGAGCGCAAUACCAACCGACCUGGGAAUCGCUCGACUCAAGACCGAUACCAGCCUGGUUCGAUCAAGCCAAGUUUGGCAUCUUUAUACACUGGGGUGUAUUCUCUGUCCCGAGCUUUGGCAGCGAGUGGUUCUGGUUUUAUUGGCAGAAGUCUAAGGCGAGGCCGUACAUCGACUUCAUGCAGAAGAACUACCCUCCAGGCUUCACAUACCAAGACUUUGCUCCACACUUCACCGCAGAGUUCUUUGAUCCCAAACAGUGGACGGAGAUCUUUGCUGCAUCUGGAGCCAAAUACAUCGUACUGACCACAAAACACCACGAAGGUUUCACACUCUGGGGCUCUAAGAACUCCUGGAACUGGAAUGCAGUCAAUGUUGGACCCAAAAGGGACCUGGUGGACGAAAUGGCGACCGCUCUGCGGACCUACAGCGACCUUCAUUUGGGGCUGUACCAUUCGCUCUUUGAGUGGUUUAACCCACUGUUUGAAGAGGACGCGGCCAACGGCUUCAAGACAAACUACUUCCCCACCACCAAAACUCUGCCUGAGCUGUAUGACCUGGUGCUGAAGUACAAACCAGAGGUGCUGUGGUCUGACGGGGACGGAAAUGCACCGGACCAGUACUGGAACAGCACCGGUUUCUUAGCCUGGCUGUACAACGAAAGUCCGGUUCGAGAAACAGUGGUGACGAACGAUCGGUGGGGUUUGAACAGCAUCUGUCACCACGGAGGGUACUACACCUGCACUGACCGCUACCAGCCUGGACACCUGAUGGAACACAAGUGGGAAAACUGCAUGACCAUUGACAAAUACUCCUGGGGCUACAGACGUAACGCUCAGCUCGCUGACUACCUCACCAUCGAGCAGCUUGUGGCGACAUUAGUGGAGACAGUGUCCUGUGGAGGAAACCUGCUCAUGAACGUUGGCCCGACACACAACGGAAUAAUCUCUCCCAUCUUCGAGGAGCGUCUGCGGCAGAUGGGCCAGUGGCUGAAGGUGAACGGAGAAGGCAUCUACAACACAACACACUGGAGAGUUCAGAAGGACAGCGUCACUCCGAAUGUCUGGUACACGUCUAAACCACAGGAGAAGACUGUGUAUGCUUUCUUUCUGGAGUGGCCCAACAAUGGAACCGUAACCUUGAGUGACCCUGUGGCGACACAAGGAGCCACUCAGGUGGCGCUCCUCGGAUUGGGGCCCCUGCAGUGGAAGCCUGCGAAUCCCAGUGGCCUGGUGGCUCUGCUGCCCCCACUGCCCUACAACCAGAUGCCAUGUCUGUGGGGCUGGACACUGAGGCUGACAGGUGCCUCAUAAUAAGGGACAACCAGAGGAGGGACGUCCACAGCUGAUGCCCUUGCACCUUUGUUUUUGCAGGCAGCUGCAUGAAUCAGAUGGUAAAAAUCUCAGGGUGAUGUUGUGCAAUGUACUGUCAGGAAAAGGUCAGUGAGAUCCAUUUCUAUGAAGGGAAAUGAAAACGUAAUGAAUGUUGGAUUUGCUCUGUGAUGUCAGUACACUGUGUAGGAUUUAGUACCUACUGACUUCACGACUGGCACAUGGCGUAGGUUGAGGUAUUUUAAUAUUAAUUUUUCAGCUUAAAUCCUACACUUUUAAUUCUGAUAAAAUGUGAUUUUUAUACUUUAUUUUAGUGACUUUGGUGAAUAAAUCAUUUCACUCAUUGUAUGGCAUUUUAUGGAUAAGGUUUUUUUUGUAUGUGCUAAGAUUUGAAUAAAAUUAAAGAAAAAAGA